CCCCGCCUUGGACAUAAUGGCGGCGUCCUGUGGUGUAUUUUUGUGGACAAGGACAAGCUCGACACUACUUGUCAGUGGUGUUUUCAUAAACAUGGCGAGGUUUUUGAGGCCUAAUAUCAGGACUUUUGUCACCUCACAGCUAAGAAUGUCAUCCGACCAGCUGGGUGAGCUGGGUAAAGGUGCCGGGAAAGGUGGUGGUGGUGGAGGCUCUAUCAGAGAGGCAGGUGGAUCCAUGGGGAAGAAGCAGGCUGCAGAGGAGGAGAUGUACUUCAAGCGCAAGGAGAAGGAGCAGCUGGCAGCACUAAAGCAGCACCAUGAGGACGAAAUUGAUCACCACAAAAAGGAGAUUGAACGUCUCCAGCGCGAGAUUGACCGCCACAAGGGAAAGAUCAGAAAGCUGAAGCAUGACGACUGAGUGAAGCCUUUAAAAUAAAACAAAAGUUUUGUUUUUUUUCUCCCCACUGUCCAAGUCUCCUUUAGUAACCACACUAGUUUCUGCUUGCACUGUGUUAUGCCAGUCAUGAAUGUUUGAGUGAUGGUACUUAUGUAAAUUCUUGAAAGGUAUUAAAAUUGAUUAAAAGAGAUGAGUACGGGUUCCAUGGCAUGCUCUCCAAGAACAUUUUCCUGUGUGAUGUUGUUCAUUGGUGUGCUGUAUGUCACAGGCAAAAUGCCAAAGUGAAAAAAACUAAAUAUAAUCUGUGCUUCAUG